AUGAGUUCGGAUGUCAAAUCCAUGAAAAAUGGGUUUGCUGUGAUAAGAUUCCGUCUUCCGCGUUGCGAAAAGCUCGAAGACAAUGCAGAGGUGUUCCAUUUCAUGUUUGUCAAAAAGCAUCAAAGUAAGAACGAACAAGAACAAAACUGCCUUUUCCUAAUCAACCUGCCGCUUCUGACUGGUUUAGAAACGUUGAAAAAGAGUUUUAGUGAAAUAUGCUCACAAUCUGGCACGGUCGCCCAUGUCUCGCAACUGUUGCAUCACGAUGAGUUCGGAAUUAAUGAAAUCGACCUUUCCAGUUUAACCUCUGAUCUAAUGUCGACGGGAGACAAAGAAGAAAAACGGUUUACGCCACGCAAUACCGCACUGCUUCAGUUCAUGGAUUCAUCUAGUCUCGAAAAUGCGUGGAGUGCUGUGUGCAAGUACUCGCGAGAGACACAGGGUGCAAAAGUGAUCGACUGGACUUUCCAAUCCCCGUCAAUGGCUACGUUUGUCAACUUUUACAAGCCACUGGAUCUAGAGUACUUGAAAGAGGACAUUUAUACUCAUAUGGCGAUUUUCGAGGAGCGUGAGCAGCGCGCACAAGAAGAGGCCCAGAGCUCUAUAGUCGAUGAGGAUGGGUUCACACUUGUGGUGGGCAAGAAUACCAAGUCCUUGAACUCGAUAAGGAAGAAGAUUUUAAACCGUAACCCAUUGUUGAAGUUCGAAAAACGUGCCAAAUCCACGUCAAUGGUAGACAAAAAGGCAAAGGAAGACUUCUACCGGUUUCAAAUCAGAGAGCGCAAAAAGCAGGAGAUUGGCGAACUGCUGACGAAAUUUAAGGAAGAUCAGUUGAGGAUAAAGGAAAUGAAAUCGAAGAGAAAAUUCAAUCCGUAUGCUUGA